GGCUGUCUUCACGUGAAACCCGUGCGCUCCGGAUGUAGUAGUCAAUACUGUAUGCUAAGAGCUAAGUUUUAAUUUAGAUACGUGUGGUGGCCCUCCAUUGAGACAAUGGCUAAUUGUGAAGGUGAAAGUCCGGAGCCUGCUGGACUGGACGGUCUGCCUCCGAUGUUCAGUAUUUUCAAAGGAGAGGUGGUGUCUGUGCAAACCUAUGGAGCAUUUGUUCGUCUGCCUGGCUAUAAGAAGCAGGGUCUGGUACAUGUGAGUGAGAUGUCAGCCUCACGGGUGGAGAAUGCAUCUGAAAUUGUUGACGUGGGGGAGCAGGUGUGGAUUAAAGUCAUUGGAAGAGAGAUUCUGGGGGAUAAGGUGAAGCUGUCCUUCUCAAUGAAAGCUGUCAAUCAGGGAACGGGACAGGACUUGGACCCAAACAAUGUUAUGGCAGAGCAGGACGCAAGGCGGCGUAAGCACUUUAAAGACCACACAAGCAACAAAAUCACACUGGAGGCUGUUCUGAACACAACCUGUUCAAAGUGCAGCUGCAAAGGUCACUUUGCAAAGGACUGUUUCUCUGCUCCGGGCAUGCAGUAUGCUCUGCUGCCUGAAGAGGAUGAUCAAGAGCCACAGCAGCAGACAUCCAGUAUGGCAAUGAAGGAGGACUCUAACAAAAAGAAAAAGAAGAAGAAGGAGAAGAAAAUGAAGAAGAGAAAGAGGGAGAGAAAGGAGUCUGAGAGUGACAGCAGCAGUAGCGAGAGCAAGUCCAAGCGGCAUCACGAACACUCUCACAGCAGAGAGUUCAAAAAGCAAAAGAAACAUAAACACAAAUCGCACAAAAACAGCUGAGAUGUGCACACAGAUUAUAGAUGUGAAGUAAUGUCACAGCAAUCAGAUAAAUGCAUAAGAGGAAGUAUGUGGAAACAGUGUGAGACAUCAGCUACAUGUCUUAUAAUAAUCUCUCUACCAACUGUUUAUCAUCAUGGUAUGGAAAUUGUUUCUACUGUGAUGGUUGUGGGGUAUAUAUUGCAUGCUAUAAGAGCAAAAAAACAGUCAAAAUUUAAAUUAUAAAAAUUUUGACUUUCUAAAUUGUAGUUGUGUAAUUAAAAGGAAAAAAAAUCCCAUUGUAAAUCAUCAUUGAGAUUAAAGUUAAAAGUUUAGAUUUAAAAAUAUUCACUUCACUGAUAGUUAUGGAAUUAAACUAUUAAAAAUUUCCCCUUUCUAAAUCAUAAUUAAGAUUAAAAAGUUAAAAGUUUGACUUUCUUGAGUCUUGAUCUAGAUUUUAAAAUAUUGACUUCACUUAUAGCUAGGAAUUUAAACCAUUACAAUUUCCCCUUUCUAAAUCCUAAUUAAGAUUAAAACUUAAAAUUUUGACUUUCUAAAUAAUAGAUUUAAAAAUGUUCAGAGCCAUAAUUGUGAUUAAAACUUUAAAAAUCCAGUUUAUAAAUCAUAACACAUGCAAGUUAAACUUUUGGUAUAAUAAGUCAUAACUAUAAGAUUUUAUGAUGUUGACUUCAAAGUCCUAACUGUGAGACUGAAGAAAUUAACCUGUCCACUUUCUAAAUCACAAUUACAACCCCAAUUCCAUUGAAGUUGGGACGUUGUGAAAAAUGUAAAUUAAGACAGAAUACAAUGAUUUGCAAAUCCUCUUCAAACUAUAUUCAGUUGAAUACACCACAAAGACAAGAUAUUUAAUGUUCAAACUGAUAAACUUUAUUGUUUUGUGCAAAUAUUUACUCAUUUUGAAAUGGAUUGUGGUUGUAUGCCAGUCAAAAAACUUGACUUUCAAAGUCAUAAUUAUUCAAUUAAAGGUUCAAAUUUCUAGAUUUGGUCCUGUGAUAGACUGGCGGCCUGUCCAGGGUGUAUUCCGCCUCUCACCCUGUGACUGCUGGGGUAAACAUCAGCACCCCCAUGAUCUCUAACAGCAGUAAAGGGGUUCAGAAAAUGAAUGACUGAAUGAAUUUCCAGAUUAAAAGAGUAAAAAUGUUGACUUUUAAAGUUGUAAUCAUAAUAUAUGGCAAAUACUUUCAGUUUUUAAAUUGUAAUUAUGAGAUUAAGAAGUUACAAUUUUGAUGUUGUAAAUUAUAAUUAUGAUCUUUACAAAAAA